GGAGGAGCGGGAAGGUCGAAGCUGCUACAGGCGCUGGUUGAUGCUGCGGGUGUCGGUUUCUGGAGCGGUACUUGGUUCAUGCAGCGGCCAGAUUGAGUCAUCAGUGCUUAAAUAUUUUAUCAGAUGUUGAAUUCACCAUGAACUCCAGAAUGGCAGAAAAUGUGCCAGAACCAAGCCAGAACACUGCACUGAGAGACAAAUUUGUUUCUGUUGUUGGACCAGUGUUUGCUGGUGGUGAUGAAGCCAAUAUUUUGACACUCUUGACUUCAUUAACAAAUGUGAGUCGUCACGAUGAGGGAUUGCUUGUUACACCGACAGUUUCUGGACUCGGCAGUAAUGAUGACAACACUCCCAGUGAAACUGAAAGUAGAGACAAAGCCUUGGAAUUCACCUGCUGGCUACUGGCAGAAUUAGUAACAGUAAAUGGGUCAGCAGCAGUAUAUGAGGCCAAUAUCAAUCUUCAGGUUACCAUCAUGCGCCUACUGGCUACUCGCAAUCAUCGUUCAUUUACCUCUGUCAUUACAGAUUAUGUCAACAUUGGAUUAGAAGGAAAAGAUGUUUUGUUUGCUGGAGGUUCAGUGUCAUGUCAGUGUUUUUCAUCAGUGGUGAAUAGAAAUGAUGCCCAGCCAACACCCAGGACCAUUGUUUUUACCGACGAUUCUCAGCUGGACCACAUUCUCGCCAACAUAAUUAUGGUGAUAAAACACUUGGGAGAUUAUCUGUGGGAGUGUUGUGAGCCUGUGCAGGAUCAAAUAUGGCUCCUUGUUACUUCCUGUCUAGCUGGAGGUGACACUGAUCUCAAGGUUGCCUCACUCUCUGCCAUUUCAUGCCUCUUACACAUAUGUGGACUUCCAAAGUUUAUAGAAAGACAAGACUAUCUGAUUCAGUGUAUUGGGGCAGCAGUGAUGUUAUACAGUGAUGAUACAUAUGUGGCAGGUGAUGCCUGUGUUGGAGGGGGAGAGGAAGCCAGUGUUGCUUCUCAGGACAAAGGAAGCAUGAUGGAAGAUCACCUAGCUGAGGUUAUCCUUGCCUUACAACAACAUAUUCCACAUAUGAUGCAAAUCUUUAAGGAAGAAUUGCUAUCAAUGCUCUCAAAAUGUCUCAGCAUUCCAAAUGUAAUUGAGAGGAUGACAGGAGUGUUGAGGAAAGAAGUUCUACAGUGUAUAAACAUGUUGGUGGAUGAGCUUGGUCCAUCCUUCAAAAAUGAAAGAAAGACUGCCUUUCAGACUUGUGCCACUCAUAGUCUCCUGAUACCCCAGGUUGCCAACAUUGUUUUGAAGAGGUUGGUGCUUGACGAGCUAAGUGAAGUACUUCCCACCACUACAGUGCCGAACCAAACUCCGGAAAUGUCUCAUGCUCAGUUACGGAAACGAAAAUUCUCAGAAACGGAGUCAACAAAGCCACUUAUAGUUGUGAUGACCUUGAGCAAAUGGUGGAAGGUAGCCUUGCAGAAGUUGAGUGGUGCCCUUAAAGAUUGGUCUGAAACCACGAGUCCUCUACCUCAGCAGGUGGAGGCUGCUUGUGAAAUCAUUUCAACUGCCGGAUGGUUAGCUUCCAGCAUUCCAAAGUCAGAGGUUUCUCUUCAGUUUUUUCCUGAAUCCUGGCUCAUAACAGCAACAGACUACAUUGUCUCUAUUGUGGCAAACACCACCAAUAUUAUUUUGGUCGUUGGAAUGAUGGAACUCAUAUGGAACUUAUCUUGGACAGCAAGUAUUGUUGAACCUCUUCCCCUGAAAUUCCAAAUUAGUCAUUCAUGGUUGGCAUUAGCAACUUUACCAUGGAUGGCCUCAGAGGCGAGCCUGAUGGAUCUCAAGCCUGUCAACACCAAGCAAUUUACAGUGUGGGCAACUAAGUUAAAGUGGAAUAAUGAUUGCAAAAUAAAAUCCAAGAGUGUGGCUGUUGUUGCCAUCAUGUCAGGAAACGUUGCUCCAAAGUGGCGGUGUCAUGUUAUUCGCACAGCCAUCAGUGAACAACACCCUUCAGUCAUGUUAGAGAUAGCACGCAGCUUUCCUUUGAUGGUACAUCAGCUAGGAGGUGGAGGUGGGCAGCAGUUGGUGGGAGAAGUCAUUGGUUCUGUUCUUCACUCCCCUGACACCAAAGUAAUCCACGCUGGUGCAGAGUCACUGAAACAACUGCUCUGUGCUCUUCUCAACCUUACAACAUUAAACUAUAAUAGGGUUCAAGAGGACAAGAACCCUUGUGUGUUGGAUUGUAGAGUUUGCACAGAGUCGAGCUCCAACACAAAGGUCAAGACCCAGUUCGUUGAUCCCACACUGGUAUCACAGUUCUUGGAAUUGUUAAGUCAUAAAGAAAGAAGCAUCAUAAUUGCGGUGGUGGAGGCCCUGCCAGCAGUUGUGUCUCAUACAGCAGUCAAUAGUCAAAUGAUGAUCCAGUACUUGUCUCUUCUCACUCAUCAGGAGAAGACUGUAGUAUGUGCACUUUGUAAACAGCUACCAACUCUUGUCUGUCCCUCUAACAAAAGCCAGCCAAAUCAGGAUUCAAAAAGUACAACAGUUUUGAAAGGAGAGGUUGUUCUAACAUUUUUUAAUGAUUUAAUGAAGAAAAGCGAGACAGAUGAGACUACAUCGAGCAAAUCCCUUCUAGCUGUGUUGGAAGCCUUGCAUCAUCUAGUGAAGUACCCGGGUGUUGGAAUGACAGGAGGAAUGUUAGUGUUGUUACUCAGGUGUCUGGUCCACACUGACAGGAUGGUUACUGCCCAGGCCCACCUUGUAAUACAUUCUUUAGCCACUGCUUUAGGGCUCACUCUCAAGGAUCUCUAUACUAGACAUCGACAUUCACUAGCUAAGGUGUUAAUGGAAAUCAUUAAUCCAGGAGAAGUUGGUGCUGUGCUGAGUCAUGUUGCAGAAGUCUUCAAGUGGCCAAGCAAUAUCACAAGCAAAAAGAGGAGUCAAUCAACCAGCAAACUGGGAUCUUUCAUUAGCAGUCAGAUUCAUCACUUGCUGCCUGCUCUAGCAGUUCGAGCAGCACAGGAAUCCAGACCUGGACUUCUGCAGGAGCUUGCAGCUUGUCUUGGAGUUCGCCUUCGAGACAUUCUAAUUGACCAUUUUCAGCAUAUCCUGGCUCACUUGGUAUUCCACCACUUAGAAGAACAACAAGCAGCAGUAUUAAACUUCAUCGCUGCAACAACAGAUAUUCACAUUCACAAUAUCAGACGAUGCUCUGUGCAGAACCAAGUCAAUGAAUUAGUUCUCGGACUUCAUGAGCACCGUGACACUGUUCUUCGGGAAUUUUCUCAGAUGAGGCUCAUUGAGUUAAGCAGUGAUCAACAGCCCACCCAUAGUAAAGGAAAUUUCUCGGAUAAUGGCAGCACUUCUCUGGGAUCAGAUGAUAUUGCUGAAUAUCUAGCACCCCGUCUUCUUGGAAUAUUGGGAUUUCUCGAUAGUAAACUUGUCUCUUCGUCUACUAUGUACAAAGAGAAGCGCUCUGCUUUAUGGUCGCUGAGUGACUUGCUAGUUGUAAUGGGAAGACAGUAUGUUUCUCCAGUGUCCCGUAAGGUUUUGGCAUCCCUAAAAACAGCUCUUAAGUUGAGAGAUGAAGAGUUUUAUGACAUUGGUUGCAGUGCAUGGACAAACUUUUUAUACAAUUUGGACGAGAGCACGCUGGAGGGUUUGCUAGAGGAAGUAAUUGUUGUGAUGAUACCUCUAGUCAAGGAACGACCCAAGCAGAUGGCGCCAGUCUUGACCCACAUACUGAUUGAGACCCCGUCAGUAAAGCCUCUUCUUAGGAAUCUUCCACUCCUUCCUGAUGAUGAAGCUCUUUCUCAUAUCAAUCAAGAGAUCACAGAGCACCAAUUACAAGUUGUAUGUGGCAGCAAAGAAGAAGUUAUUGAAGCACUCUCCUCUGUGCGUAGAGGUUUAAGUCACGAGAGCCUCGAUGUGCGAUUGAAUGCUUUGACUCGUCUCAGGCAUACAUUGCAGCAUAAUCAAGAUGCUGUCCAUCACUUGACAACAGAUACCGAUGAAGUACAUCCAACCGUAUCAGAGCUUUUUAGUGUUCUUUUAGCUCAGUGUCGUGAAGUGGAGGAAGAAGUGCGUGUUGCAGUAGCAGAAUGUUUAGGCCUCUUGGGUGCAAUAGACCCCACCCGUCUUUAUACAUACUCCAGUAUUAAAGAGGAGAUAAAUGAGAUACAUCUGAAUAUGGAAACAGAAUGUUUCAUUGUGCAGCUGGUCACAGAGUUAGGGCGAGCAUUCUUGGCCGCCACUGAUGCCAAUACCCAGACCUGCGCUUCUUACGCCAUGCAGGAGGUGACACGCUUGUAUGGCAUCCGUGAAAGUGGAUCUGAUGGAGCAACGGAAGUCGGCUCCAGAGCGUGGGGACGAUUGGGAUACCAUCUGCAAGAAAUAAUUCAUCCUCUGUUGACAUCUAAGUACACAGUGGCAACAAAUACUAACCGAUCACCAUCUGUCCUUCCAUCUCCUAUUUAUGGAAGCUCAAGAGCACGAUCAUUUCACCAUUGGCUAACUAAUUGGGCAUGUUUUCUUGUAGAUAUGCUGAAAGGAGAAAGAGCAAGUGAGAUAUUUAGUGCAUGUAAGCCAAUUCUUCGUAGAGACACAACAACCGCUAUGUAUCUCUUGCCAUCUAUUCUUGUGUGUGUACUUCGGGAAUCAGCUCAUCACCACGAUAAAAUCUUAACCGAGAUUCUUGCCGUUAUGAGUCAAAUGCAAGAGAAACAGAAAAAAGAUCUGCUUAUUCUAUCCUCCGAGUUCAGGCAUUUAGCUGUUCAGACUGUAUUCUCAGCCUUAGACUACCUGAGCAAAUGGGUUCAGAAGCAAAGGCAGAGAGAAAAUGUGGGCAAAAAGGGCCGAGGAGCUUUCACUCCGUCAGCAGAGCUCCAGCAGAUGACCAGUUUCCUUGAGAAGAUUCCAGCUAACCUUUUAGCACAGACAUCAUUUAAGUGCCAAGCAUACUCUCGGGCCCUCCUGCACAUUGAGGCCUAUUUAAAAGAUAAUCCAGACCAACUUAAGGAGCACCUUCGAUUUCUUCAGUGUAUAUAUGUAUCACUGGAUGAACCUGAUGGUGUGGCAGGUGUUGCGGCGAUCAGACGAGAAGACCCUUCUCUAGAUGACCAGGUUAUUGAAUACGAAGCAACAGGUCGCUUGCAGGAUGCUCUAGGAUGUUAUGAGCGUCUGUGUGUAUCUCGGGGAACUGAGGAUGUCUACAAACGAUUGUUGGAGUGCUAUUUAAGUUUAGAUCAGCCUCAUUCAGUCUUCAACAUUACUCAUGGACUGUUAACUAACAGGCCAGAACUGGAACCUUCAUUGAACAAGUAUCGUGUUGAGGCAGCAUGGAAACUUGGCCAGUGGGACCAGCUUGAGACCUUCCUUAAGACUAGCCCGAGUCAAGCAUCUUGGGGAGAAGGAGUUGGGCAAAUCCUUCUUGCAGUUCGAGCACGAGACUGCACGGCCUACCAGAAUAGCUUACGUCAUCUGAGAACUCAGCAGAUAACUUCACUUUCUGCAGCAAGUAUGGAAAAGUGGGCUUACCAAAGAGCUUACCCUCAUAUUUUAAGGCUUCACAUGAUGACUGAGCUGGAAGAAAUGGUGUCCGGUUUACUGCUGUUUGACCAGUCAAGUGUGGCAAAGGGUAGAUUUUCUUGUCAGUCAGAAGUCAAAACACACCUGAAUCCUCAGCGCCAGCCCCUCAAUCUUAAUGAAGUAACUGAGAGAUGGGACAAGCGAUUAAGUUUGGUCCAAACAUCUCAUCGGUACCUAGAACCUAUUCUCAGCUUCAGAAGAACAUUGUUGGAACUUGGCCGAGAAUGGCUACAACAGAGCAAUCCCAAUCUGAGUUCUGCUUUGGCAGCUCAACUGGAAUGCACCUGGCUACACAGUGCUAAGGUGGCACGCAAGUCUGGACACACUCAGCAAGGAGAAUGGGCACUUCUUGGUGCAGGAUUUGGUCGUGAUGUAUUUGUUGAGCGAGCAAAGUGGCACUGGGUGAAGGGAGAGCAUCACCAAGCAGUGACCACCCUUAAUCGUGGUAUUGAUAAAUUGUUUUCUUCUUGCGAAAACUACAAAGUAGCUGUUGGAAAUGAAAAUCAGGAAGAACGGCAAGCUUGUGGACAUGCCAAACUUCUCCUGGCAAGGUACUCUGAAGAAUCAGCCACACUGGAGGUGAACACAGUCAAGCAGUACUAUCGUGAUGCAUGUGAGAUCAACAAAUCCUGGGAAGAUGGACAUUUUCAUUUGGCAAUGUAUUAUGACCGCAUAUUGAGCUCCUUAGAAAUGAAGGAAAAGCCAGUAGAAUGGAUUCAUCACAUUGUUCUGAGUUUUGGGAAGUCUCUUCAGCAUGGAUGUCGUCAUAUUUACCAGUCGAUGCCAAGGAUGCUGGGUUUGUGGCUUGAGUUUGGCACAAGAGUCAGUGAACUGGAAGCUAAAGAAGAAAAGGGAAAAGGCAACCGAAAGAACAUUGUUCUUGACAAUUACCGGGAAAAGCUGGCCAAUUUAAAUGGCAGUGUUGGGUCUUUGGUGGAUCGUCUCCCACAUUACAUGCUCAUGACGGCUCUUCCUCAACUGAUCUCACGGAUAUGUCACUCUAACAAUGGUGUGUUUAUACAAUUAUGCAAAAUAAUUGCUACUAUGUUGAGCAGCUUCCCACAGCAAUCCAUGUGGCACAUGAUUGCUGUAUCAAAGUCUUCAUACAACAUGCGAGUGAAGCGAUGCAUGGAGAUCUUUGAAUCAGCAAAGAGGAUGAAUCCAGAGCUCUCAAAAUUUAUCGCUGAUGCUACUAAGUUGGCUGACAAAUUUCUUGAACUCUCCAAUAAACAUGUAGAGAAGGGUGUUCCUCAAGUGAGUCUGAACAACUUACUUCGUGGACUUCCUCGCCUGCUUUCUGACAGUUCAUUUUCAAAAAUUAUUUUACCACUUCAGCAUCAAAUGUCAGUAACACUUCCUACGUCUUUUGAUGAUCUAUCCUCCCACAAUCCAUAUCCACGGGAAGCAGUUUAUUUGUGUAGUAUAGAGGACCAUGUUGAGAUCAUGCAAUCCUUGCAACUUCCCAAGAAGAUUACAUUGCGUGGCUCUAAUGGCAAACAUUAUAUCAUGAUGUGCAAGCCGAAGGAUGAUUUACGGAAAGAUUGUCGAUUAAUGGAAUUCAAUAAUUUUGCCAACCGAUGUCUUUUGCGAGAUCCAGAAUCCAGGAAACGAGAUCUUCAUAUCAGAACCUACGCUGUAGUACCAUUAAACGAGGAAUGUGGUCUUAUUGAGUGGAUAGAGAAUCUACAUGGUUUGCGGCAGAUUCUUCACACACUGUACAGAGACUCUGGUGUUUAUAUGGCAGCCCAAGAGUUAAAACAAAAUAUGUGUAAGCUAGACACACCAUUGGCUUCUAAGAGAGAAAUAUUCUUAAACAGAUUGGUCCCACGGCAUCCUCCAGUCUUCGGUACAUGGUUUCUCAGGACAUUCUCAGAUCCUCAAGCAUGGCUAAGAGCACGACUUGGUUAUUGUCGCACAACAGCUGUGAUGUCCAUGGUGGGCUACAUCCUUGGUCUUGGAGACAGACAUGGCGAAAAUAUUCUUUUUGAUGCCUCGUGUGGAGACACUGUUCAUGUAGAUUUCAACUGUCUUUUCAAUAAGGGAGAAACCUUUGACUGGCCCGAGCGAGUACCGUUCCGGCUGACUCAUAACAUGGUAAAUGCAAUGGGCCCUACAGGAUACGAGGGCAUAUUCAGAAAGUCUUGCGAGGUGACAAUGAGAGUGAUGCGUAAGGAGCGUGAAGCGCUAAUGUCUGUCUUGCGGCCAUUUGUCUACGACCCUCUGGUGGAGUGGUCUCGAGGAGACAAGAGUGCAAAAAAUACAGGAGAGAUCAACAAUGAAAAGGCCCAGAUGCACGUGAGUAACAUCGAGCAUCGUCUCAGUGGGCAGAUACGCACCAAGGCGCGAGGACCAAACUUACCAUUGUCUGUGGAAGGACAAGUGAAUUCACUCAUUGAGGAAGCCACUAGUAUUGACAAUCUCUGCCAAAUGUACAUUGGGUGGGCAGCCUACAUGUAGCAUGACACUGUUAUGUGCAGAGCAAUUAUAAACAUGUAGUAUGAUGUUGCUAUAAGAAGAGGAAUUAUAAACAGUUCCUUUCUCAUUUUAGUUAAAUCUGUUUUUAAAAUGAUAGUUUCCAAUUUGUGUAUUUUUAAAAAAUAAAAAAUUUUACUUAUGAUUUCUUAUACUAUAUUGUCCUUGAUGAUUCUAUAUAUAAUGGAACCUCAGUGUAAAAAUUUAAUCCAUUCCAAGAAAUGCUUGGAAAUGCAUUGUAACCUGAAUAUUGCCACCAAAUCGAAUUUUCCCAAUAAGAAAAAUUGUAAAUUGAAUUAAUUUGUUCCACACACCUAAAAAUAUUAAUGUCAAAAUACAUUUUCAACAGAAUACUA